UGCCGUAGGAAGAAGAGCUGCGCUAACGCGACGAUAGCUAGCUAGUUAUUAUUAAAUCCUGCUUUAAAUCAGGUUCUGGUUAAUUCUGGAGCCCAACAUGACCAAGCUGCAGCUGUUGCACCGCGCUCUGAAUGAGCGGCUGAUGGCGGCGGUGGAGCAGAUCAUGGAGAUGGUGGGCGGCACGGUGCUGGAGUAUGAAGAGGAGACGGUGCGAGCGCGCAAAGAGAACGAGGUGCUCAGACGGAGGCUCCGCUGGAUGGAGGGCGAAAACCCGACCGACUGGCCAGAUCCCACUGCUGUCCCAGGUGAGGCCAGUCUGACAGAGACACUAACACUAGAAUCCCUAAUUAUCAAAACAGAGCCAGUCGACGCCUCUGAUUGCCCUUUAUAUGGACCUGACACAAGUCUCACAGCAUCAGUAUGCACUACCGAUAUGGAAAUGGUUUAUCCUGGUACCAGUGCCCCUGUAGAUGCCAGUGUUCCUGAUGGUAUUGUAUGGGACUCGGCACAAAGCUAUAUGGCUCCUCUAGACUUUGACCCUACUCUGUCCACCAUGGCAAGAAACAGGAGCCAGAGGAGGUCCUUUGCCUGCCCGGACUGUGGUAAGGUGUUUGGAAGGGAGCAGAGACUGAUGUUUCACAUGCGUGUCCACUCGGCCGAGAGGCCCUAUACGUACCGAAGGCGUAAAACAUGCUUUUACGGGGACAAGAAGCGAAAGAAGAAGUUACGUGGCCUUUCUAAGACAUCACGAGAAUUCAUAGAGGAUCUGUCUGACAGCUCGGAGCAGACAGAGCAGAGUACUGGAUGGGUUAACGUCGGUAUCUCAUCAAGGGCUGGCCCCUCUGGCCCUGAAAUAGAGCCAAGCGAGGCAUCAGAUGAAACCAGUGAACACACCAGCAGCAGCAGUAAGCUCUCUGAAACCAGUGCUGCCAAGCCUGUAGGCCUUAAAGCGAAACAAGGAAGAGAAAAGCCCAAGACAGCUCAGUGCCUGCAGUGUAACAAGGCCUUCACUAAUGUAUCACGGCUGGCGGUCCAUAUGAAGACCCACAGAAAGCCAAUUUUGAAUCAAGAUGAACAAAAUGUACAGGAUGACACUGACAGAGCAGACAGCGGAUCACAUCUUACAAAGGUAAUAAGGAACAACGAAACUGAGGUGGAAAAGGCAAAAGCGAUAGGUCAAAGAUUGUUUCAGUGCCCUGAGUGCAAGAAGAUCUUCGCUCGCUCUUGUUGGCUCACCUUCCACUUGAAGUCACAUGAACGAGAACGUAAGCGGCAGAAAAAGAAACAGCUUCAAACUAACAACCUGAAGGACGACCCCCAGGUUUCAGAAGAGCCGAAGAAAGAGGAAACCACUGAAAGCAGCAAAGUUCACGUAUUAAAGAAAAUCUUUGCUUGCCCGUACUGUGAUAAGGUUUUUGCUCGUGAAGGGUGGCUUGCACCACAUAUUCGGAGUCAUACACUUAACCAACAAAAAAGUGACAUUCAUUCUGACGCCAUAUUGCCCAAUUCGACUAAGAGAAGGACUCGGCGUGUCAUUACCAAGCCAUCAUCAUCAGAGGGUGGCAAUGAGCAAAACAAAAUCGCUGAACAGCCAUUAGAAGAAACUAAAACUUCAGAAACAGUCAACGAGCAACCCAAAAACGAACCUGCUGCGUCUCAAAGCAUAACUAUGGAGUUAAAAACAAACGCAGAAACCAAAAUAAUUAUCACUAAUAACUCUAUUGAUAACGAAACUGAAACCAUCAGUAAUGAAACUGAAACCGUUGCCAACAAAGUCCCAGAGGAACCGAACCCAGUCCCUGAGGAAUCUUCGGUAAAAAAAGGAGUCAAAAAGUCUAGAAAGAGAUUUCCAUGCAGAGAGUGUGGCAAGGUGUAUCUGCUGGCCGGUUGGUUGAAGUCCCACAAGAAGAUGCAUAAAAGAGAGAGGAUUGUGGAGGAGAACAGGAGGCAGCUAAUGCUGAUGAAAGAGUUUGGACAAAAUGACAACAAAGAAGGAGAACAGAGCCUCAUUGAGACAAAUAUUGUGGAAAAGAAGCAAAAGAAGCAGAAGAAGAAUUUGGGGCUGCAGGAUGGUCUUGAUGACAAAAAGAAGAAAAAAAGCCAGCUUACAAAUGAAGUGCUGCUGAAGACUAUGGAUAACUCUUCUGAUGUCCAGACAGCUGCAGAGAAAAGCAAAGAUUCUGACGGUGCAACUCGUGGCCGAUGUGUCUGCAAAGACUGCGGCAAGGUUUAUGCUAGAAAAAACUGGUUAAGCUUGCACAUGCUUGGCCACAGGAAAGCACUGCUGGCCUUGCCCCAAAAAGCAAAUGACGAUGCAUUGAAAAGUGAUGGGCAGACAACGCAACAGGGUUCAUCUACGGAGGAUUCCAAAGGUCAGAAAGGAAAAGAGGGUGGUAAAGCAUCGUUUCCGUGUCCCUUUUGCGAUAAAGUCUUUCCACGAGCAAUGCGGCUAAUGGUGCACAUGCAGAUCCACUCAGGCGAGAAGCCGUACUCCUACCGACAACGUAAAGAACAGUUUUACAGUGACCCGACAAGACCCAGAGUGCCAGAUACAGACAAACAGGAGCCUGCAGUAGAAGGCAAUGAUGCAAAGGGGAAGGAUGGAGAAAACGAAGUGACUAGGAGUCAGACUUCUGCCGUGUCGCAAGACCAUGCAAGCACUACAGAGCCUAUGGAAACCGUUCCGCCUCAAUCAGUUUGCACUGGCAGAAAAUUCAGCCUCCUUCCUCUGCAGUCAUCUGCUGCUGCUACCAUCCACAGCACAACUGUUACAAGAACCGAUUCAAAAUCAGACAGUAAUUUCAGUUUGCAGCCUAGAAUUGUUCUAGAUCCAGUUGUAGCUGAGUCCAGCCACUCUGCAUCAUCUGAAAAGGGUGACUGUAAAGCAGUAGUUGUGGAAAAUAGUGACAUUGAGAUGCUUGGGUUAGAAAUGAAUUAUGCUGCUACAGGCGGGGAGGUGAAGAGUCAUCUUCCUCAAAAGUUACUUGAAAACUCGGAACCUUGUGCCAGCCAAAACACAUUAGCUGAGACAGAUCAUCCUCCAGAUCUUGGGGUUAAAAUAGGUUCAGUUUAUAAAUAUCAUGAAAAUAACAACUGCUCUGAAAAGUUGCUUGUCAGUAUACAGGACCAGCAGUCCUCUGACUCUCCAAAACACAGGAAGUCUGAAAUGUGCCAAAAGGAGAGUCACGUAGAAAGCAAAGAGUGUUCUUUGUUUGAUGUAAAGCAGCACAAGGUGCAACAUGACCCAGAACAUCUGGAAACUGAUCUAGAAUCUCAACAGUCAGGAGGCCAAGUUCCUACUCAAGGGAAUUCAAGGUUUCUUGAUAUUGUGAAAGCUAAAAAUAUUCCACCCCAUUCCACUGACCUAGCACUGAAAACAGUUCCAGAAAUUGUCCCCACUGAAUCAAGUACCAUAUGCCAAGUAUCUCAUACCGAGUCGGGAUAUAUGGUCCUCUCGGAUGUUAGUGAUGAUGAUGAAUGGGCAAAUGUGUCCAUUAACCCAGAUGAAAAGAAAAGAAAGCAAACCUUGAAAAUAUCUCCACCAGUACAUGAAGGGAUGGGUGAUGCCGGAUCCGUCCCUAGCUCCUCUUAUAAACCUAGUGACUCUGACUCCGAUAUAACGUUUAUGUUAGGAAAGACCGGUGAACAAACUGCCCUUGAUGGGACCCUGGUUAACCAAGAUGACAUGGCAGCUACUUCUGUGCAACAAACAGAUGAACCAAGUUCCUCAGGGCAGAAGAAGUGGUUCACAUGUUUGGCAUGUGGUUUAACGUUUGCCAGUGAGGCCUCCUUAACACAGCACGUGAAGGUGCACUCUUUGUCUGCGGGGACCCACCAGAAGUCAAACGCCUACAAGACAGUAAAGAAGAGGGUCAAGAAUAAUGAAAUUAAGCUUAAACAACCAGUUGUCCAAGUUCAGACAUCAGAAGUAGGUAGUGUGGAUUCAACAGACAACUCUGAAAUCUCAGGAAAAAGCGACUCGACACUGAUUAAUGUCAGUACAGAAAGGUUAUCAGGAUGUUGCCCAGACACACACAGUGCAACUAGUCGACGUUCCAGAGCAGACUUAAAGACUGUUGACAGAAAAUCAAAGAAAGGUACAAGAACUCUGCACUGUUGUUAUUGUGGGAAAGCUUGUGAAAAAAUCGAACUGCAUCUCAUGCAUGAUCACCCGAAGGAACCUAAAGUUAUGGAAGCUUUGCAUUUUAGCAAUACUUUAGAAGAAAGGAAGAGGCGUUUGAUCCUUCUUUGCAGUAACAAAAAACUGAAAAACGAUUACACUCCUAGGAACAAAAAAGACGACGACCUCGUCCAUUGUAUUUUUUGCCAGGGAUAUUAUCAAAGAAAGCAGUUUUGGAAACAUGCUCUAAUAUGUAAGCAGAAACAAUUAAAAGUGUCUGUUCUGCCUGAACCUGGGAGCAGUACAGAUCUUCCCAACAUUAGCCCAAGAUCAAGGCAAAGUUUAGUGCAGAAAACCUCCAAUCCAGAAUCUGGGAAUCUUGUCAAAGAUACCUUCCACGGUUCUGUCCAACAAGUCAUUCCAGAGUCUGAGAAUCUUCCUUCACCUAAAGCUCAAUACCACACUACACACUAUUUAUAUUCACUUUCUGCUGUUUCAGGCACUCUCAGUGCUGAGGUAAACCCGAUCCCUGAUCAAGGGUCCAUUUUAUUCACUGGGAACAGCUCGGCAAUGAUGAAUCUUGAAUCUUCUGGACCACUCACUAUAGAAUCUUUUGACAGCGCAAUAGAGUAUACUGACACUCCAGGGCAGGAGUCUUGCCCCAGCACAGUACAGGAAGUUCUUGUUGAAAAUCAAAAUUUUACAUUUCCCCUUAUUAGAACAAAAGCCAUUGUAGAAAAAGAUUUGGAGAUUUUUAAUUUGAAAACUUGCAGUCCAGACAUUGGGAGCCACAAUCUACAACUAAAGACUAAUCAAGAUUGCCAGAGUUCUUCUACAUUAGAUUGCAGAAAAAAACAUGUUGCUCCUCAAGAAUCAUUGAGCCCUAUACAUACUGGCAGCAGUAAUUCACAACCAUCAACUAAUCUUAAAUCAGACUGGACUAACACAUCAACAAGUAUAAGUGUGGACUUUGAGCAAAGUCUUAGCUUUAAUUCAGAACCAGAGCAGACUGCCUCAGUGAUGCCAGAGCUUGUAUCAGAGGGGACUGCCAAAAGUAAUCCUCAUUUAGAGUCAACGAAAUGUCUAGUUGCAAACGUUUUGACCAGUGAUGCACAGGAAAGUGCUAAUCCAGAAACAGAAAAUGUCUUCAGUCAAGUUUUUGGAAAUGGUGAACAUAGAGCCCCUGACAUAGAGUCAAGCUGUUAUCUAACUGCAAAUGAGUUCGUUACAACCGAUGCAGAAAGAUCCAGUGCAGCAGAAAAGCAGUUUGAAUGUGAAGGUCAUGUCAGAGAUGAUACAGAAGAGGGUGGUAAAUGUACUACUGGUCAAAACAGCAAAAUGAAACCUCUUGACUUAAAUUACAAAACAGCAUUAAAGAGGAGAGGGGAGAGUCGAAGCAGGGACACAAAGAGAAGACGACAAAGUGACCCCUUACAGCAGACAUCACCCGAAGGAAAAAAUUCAUCACCGGUUUCUUCCCAAGCUCCUGAGAUGAAGUGCGGUUUACAAAUAGCUGAUGUCUGGAAGAGUUUAAAAACCAGGAAAGGAAAAUCCAAAUUAAAGCUGAAGAAAAGACAUUACUGCUUAUAUUGUAGGAAAUCAUCCCUCCAAAUGAAACGGCAUCUUCUAUCGGCACAUGCUAAAGAACCAGAGGUGGCCAAGGCUCUUAGUUAUGACAAGAAGUCGAAGGAAAGGAAACAGCUGCUGGAUCUGCUUCAGACCAAGGGAAACCUUUUGCACAAAGAUGUGGAUAUGUGUAUUCCUUCAAGUGAAGAGCUUCUACCAGCUAAUCAAGCAAGAUCUGCUCAUUCGAAUAGAUGUACUUCCAAAUGGGAAAAAACAAAUGUUGAAUCUGUUAGCACUGAUGUUUCAGACACAGAAGAAAUGGGGUUGGUUGGUGAAAAAAUGCUUGCUGAUCUUGAAUCGCAAACUGAUCUGACUCCAGACACUAGCUUGGUCGGAAUCGAUCAUGAGCCCGAAAGCACUACCUGCAGUUUUUCAGCCAAUGAUCAGAGUGAAACCAUCAAGAGCGAGGACAAGACGGCUGUCGCUGAUCAAAGCGGCCGGAAAGAACAUGUGCUAGGGAAUACAUGUAGGAGGAGGAGCUCUCGUAUUCGAGCUCGGCCAAUAAAGAUAAAGGACAACCCUUCGGAUGAAGCACAGAGUGUAUCACAGAGCUCAAACCAGCACAUUUGUCAGCAUUGCGGUGCUACCUUUUGCAGUCCCUAUCACCUUCGCAGACAUGAAUACACUCACACAGAUGAAAGGCCUUACUGGUGCAGCGAGUGUAAUGUAGGCUUCAUUCAGAAAUAUCGCUAUCGAAAUCACAGAAUGAGGCGCCAUGGAGAGACACAGUCAAGCGAAUUUAAGGAUCCAUCAAGAAGGCACACAAAACGUGAAGAGAACCCAGUGGAGAACAAACUCCAUCUACAGCAAUUGGACCACAGCACUACGGCUACUUCUGAGCUUUCCAGCAACGCUGAUGAAACACCUGUAAUGACAGAAAGGGACACAGGAAGUUUCAGCAAGUUCUACGCUGAUUAAUUUACCGAACUCCAGAGAGCUAUCAUACACUUUAUCUCAGAAAUGGUGCCUCAAGAAGCAUUUGCAGCAUAGAAUGGUAUGAGAUUAGGAACGUUAUCUUACUACAUAUUGUGUAUUGUGUAAAGUAGUUUCUUUUAUAAAUGGAAACGUAUUAUUUUCCCGUUUUUUUAACAUUGCUUAAGCUAAUAUUUUGAUCAUUACAAAACACUGACGGGAAAAUGUUCAUUUCACUUUCUCAUCAAGGUGCUUGUUGCUGUGCAUAAUUUUAAGUGUCACAAAAGUUAACAGGACAGCGGGUGAAUGUGAUUGAGUUUUGCAGUUCCGGAAUCAUUCCUGUUCUUUUCUUGUGCAUUUGACAAACAGGAAAUAAGAAAUGUCAUUUUGCAAGUACAAAUGAACAAAAACUGUUCAUUUAAUUAUGAUUAAUUCAUAAUUAAAUAAACAGUUUACAGUGCCACAGCAGAGAAUUAAGUAAACAGAAAUAGAAGACAGUUGGGAGAGGUUUUUUUUUUUUAUUAUUAUUUUUUAUUAUUUAAUUUCGCCUACUAGUUGGCCUAGUGUUUACUGAACAGUUGUUGCCUCCAUUGCUUUUAUGUCUGAAAACUUUUGUCUGUAUCAGUACUUUUUUUGACCUGUUGCUUAUAAGUUAGAAAGCAACACAUUUCUAUUUACAGGAUUUUGAGAACAUUGUGUAUUACUGUAGCUGCUUACAGCAUGUACCAUACAUGAAACUUUAUCACCGAUGUUACCAGUGUACACUGUAAAUAUGAACCAAGGAAACAAUGAAAAUACUACAUCUGG